AUGGCCAAGGGGAAGGUGGACGCGCUGCGCAAGCUGCUCGAGGAGGAGCGUGUGGCGUACGACAUCGGCGCCUACCGCGACGCGCCGGCCGGGCUGCGCAUUUGGUGCGGCGCGACGGACGACCUCCGCGUCCUCACCCUCUGGCUCAAGUGGGCGUAUCAGCAGGUGCAGGCGGCGCAAUAA